AUGAAACACAUUUUACUUAUUUCUUCGGAAUAUUAUCUAUCUAUCUAUCUAUCUAUCUAUCUAUCUAUAUUUUCAUUAUCUAUCAGUCUGUUAUCUAUCUAUCUAUCUAUCUAUCUAUCUAUCUAUCUAAUGUUGACCUUUAUAUGGAAAGAUGUAGGUAAUUUUCUUCUUUAUCUUCUUUCUUCUUCUUCUUCUUCUUCUUCUUCUUCUUCUUACCUUGAUGGUACCCUCGGUCUUGAUGGUGCCCUCAGCCUUGAUGGUACCCUCGGUCUUGAUGGUGCCCUCAACCUUGAUGGUACCCUCGGUCUUGAUGGUGCCCUCAGCCUUGAUGGUACCCUCGGUCUUGAUGGUACCCUCAGCCUUGAUGGUACCCUCGGUCUUGAUGUUACCCUCAGCCUUGAUGGUACCCUCGGUCUUGAUGGUGCCCUCAACCUUGAUGGUACCCUCGGUCUUGAUGGUGCCCUCAGCCUUGAUGGUACCCUCGGUCUUGAUGGUGCCCUCAGCCUUGAUGGUACCCUCGGUCUUGAUGUUGCCCUCAGCCUUGAUGGUACCCUCGGUCUUGAUGUUACCCUCAGCCUUGAUGGUACCCUCGGUCUUGAUGGUGCGCUCAGCCUUGAUGGUACCCUCGGUCUUGAGGCUGAAACUACUACUCUCCUCUCCCUAACAUUACUCCUUAAAACAGUGUCUCGUCUUUCUAUCUAUCUCUCUUUCUCUCUCUACUACUCUCUCUUUCUUUCUCUCUCACUCACCUUUUCUUUCUCCAUCUCUUUACUGUUCACUCUCACUUUCUCUUUCUCUAUCUCUUUACUUUUUCUUUCUUACUCUCUCUCUCUCUCUCUCUCUUUGCUACCAAUUCUCUUCAUCGACAGUUAUGACUCAUGUCUUGAGAAAGUGGUCGCUUCCAUUCUUAAAGCAUUCUAA